AACGCAGGCAAAGGAAAGAGAAGAAACAGAUAAAUCCGGGGCACAGGGUAACGCGGUGCCCUGCUCCUCUCCGAGCCCAGCGGCCGCCGCAGCCGGGGGCGGGAUCCGCACAGCCUGCCCCGCAGGGCAGAGGGGCCGGCCGGGGCGCAGCCCACAGGCGCGGAGGGGCCGGCGGCGCUGCACCGACGCGCCGGGAGCCGGCGGCCCGGGCCGCGGCGGGGGGAUCCUGGGCCUCGAACCGCCCGCCUGCGAGCUGCACGCAGCCAAGGACCUGGAGGAGGAAGUGGCGGGCCGCAGCGACAGCGAGAUGUCUGCCAGCGUUUCAGGCGACCGCAGCCCGAGGGCCGAGGACGACGGCGUGGGCCCGGGAGGUGCACACGCGCCGGGGCUGUGCGGCGGGGCCGGCGGCGGAGCGGCGGGCGCGGCGGAGCAGGAGGAGGAGGAGCCCGCGGCGCCCAAGCCGCGCAAGAAGCGCUCGCGGGCCGCCUUCUCGCACGCCCAGGUCUUCGAGCUGGAGCGCCGUUUCAACCACCAGCGUUACCUGUCCGGGCCGGAGCGCGCCGACCUGGCGGCCUCGCUGAAGCUCACCGAGACGCAGGUGAAGAUCUGGUUCCAAAACCGUCGCUACAAGACCAAGCGCCGGCAGAUGGCCGCAGACCUGCUGGCGUCGGCGCCCGCGGCCAAGAAAGUGGCCGUAAAGGUGCUGGUGCGAGACGACCAGAGACAGUACCUGCCCGGCGAGGUGCUGAGGCCACCCUCGCUUCUGCCGCUGCAGCCGUCCUACUACUACCCUUACUACUGCCUCCCGGGCUGGGCGCUCUCCACCUGCGCAGCCGCCGCGGGCACCCAGUGAGCGGCGGCGGAGAGGCGGCGAGGAUUCCCGCGCCCAGCUCGGAAGGGGCGGCCGCGGACUGGACCGCUCUUCGCCGGGGCGCCCGAAGGAGGGGACACG